AUGUUUGGGAAACAAGACAAAAUGGACGUUAGAUGCAGUUCAGAGACUGAAGCUAACCGGGUCUCGAAGAACGGACAUAAAGAGGGCAAGGAAAGCAAAGGGUCUGAAGGAAAUAUUUCUACUUCUUUUUUGAAGGAUCAGCAAGGGACUUUUUCUGCCUCUGCAGCUACGGAAGAUUGUAAUAAAAGUAAAUCUAGUUCUGCUGAUCCGGACUAUUGCAGGAGGAUCCUAGUUAGAG